ACUGUUCCUACAACAACUACUGCUGAUACUACGUCAACUACUGCUCCUACAACAACUACUGCUGAUACUACGUCAACUCCUGCUCCUACAACAACUACUGCUCCUACAACAACUACUGCUCCUACAACAACUACUGCUGAUACUACGUCAACUCCUGCUCCUACAACAACUACUGCUGAUACUACGACAACUACUGCUCCUACAACAACUACUGCUGAUACUACGUCAUCUCCUGCUCCUACAACAACUACUGCUCCUACAACAACUACUGCUCCUACAACAACUACUGCUGAUACUACGUCAACUCCUGCUCCUACAACAACUACUGCUCCUACAACAACUACUGCUCCUACAACAACUACUGCUGAUACUACGUCAACUCCUGCUCCUACAACAACUACUGCUGAUACUACGACAACUACUGCUCCUACAACAACUACUGCUGAUACUACGUCAACUCCUGCUCCUACAACAACUCCUGCUCCUACAACAACUACUGCUCCUACAACAACUACUGCUGAUACUACGUCAACUCCUGCUCCUACAACAACUACUGCUCCUACAACAACUACUGCUGAUACUACGACAACUACUGGUCCUACAACAACUACUGCUCCUACAACAACUACUGCUGAUACUACGACAACUACUGCUCCUACAACAACUACUGCUCCUACAACAACUACUGCUGAUACUACGUCAACUCCUGCUCCUACAACAACUACUGCUGAUACUACGUCAACUACUGCUCCUACAACAACUACUGCUCCUACAACAACUACUGCUGAUUCUAUGACAACUACUGCUGAUACUACGUCAACUACUGCUCCUACAACAACUACUGCUGAUUCUAUGACAACUACUGCUGAUACUACGUCAACUCCUGCUCCUACAACAACUACUGCUCCUACAACAACUACUGCUCCUACAACAACUACUGUUCCUACAACAACUACUGCUGAUACUACGUCAACUACUGCUCCUACAACAACUACUGCUGAUACUACGUCAACUCCUGCUCCUACAACAACUACUGCUCCUACAACAACUACUGCUCCUACAACAACUACUGCUGAUACUACGUCAACUCCUGCUCCUACAACAACUACUGCUGAUACUACGACAACUACUGCUCCUACAACAACUACUGCUGAUACUACGUCAUCUCCUGCUCCUACAACAACUACUGCUCCUACAACAACUACUGCUCCUACAACAACUACUGCUGAUACUACGUCAACUCCUGCUCCUACAACAACUACUGCUCCUACAACAACUACUGCUCCUACAACAACUACUGCUGAUACUACGUCAACUCCUGCUCCUACAACAACUACUGCUGAUACUACGACAACUACUGCUCCUACAACAACUACUGCUGAUACUACGUCAACUACUGCUCCUACAACAACUACUGUUCCUACAACAACUACUGCUGAUACUACGUCAACUCCUGCUCCUACAACAACUACUGCUCCUACAACAACUACUGCUCCUACAACAACUACUGCUGAUACUACGUCAACUCCUGCUCCUACAACAACUACUGCUGAUACUACGACAACUACUGCUCCUACAACAACUACUGCUGAUACUACGUCAACUACUGCUCCUACAACAACUACUGUUCCUACAACAACUACUGCUGAUACUACGUCAACUCCUGCUCCUACAACAACUACUGCUCCUACAACAACUACUGCUCCUACAACAAAUACUGCUGAUACUACGUCAACUCCUGCUCCUACAACAACUACUUCUGAUACUACGUCAACUCCUGCUCCUACAACAACUACUGCUCCUACAACAACUACUGCUGAUACUACGUCAACUCCUGCUCCUACAACAACUACUGCUCCUACAACAACUACUGCUGAUACUACGACAACUACUGGUCCUACAACAACUACUGCUCCUACAACAACUACUGCUGAUACUACGACAACUACUGCUCCUACAACAACUACUGCUCCUACAACAACUACUGCUGAUACUACGUCAACUCCUGCUCCUACAACAACUACUGCUGAUACUACGUCAACUACUGCUCCUACAACAACUACUGCUCCUACAACAACUACUGCUGAUUCUAUGACAACUACUGCUGAUACUACGUCAACUACUGCUCCUACAACAACUACUGCUGAUUCUAUGACAACUACUGCUGAUACUACGUCAACUCCUGCUCCUACAACAACUACUGCUCCUACAACAACUACUGCUCCUACAACAACUACUGUUCCUACAACAACUACUGCUGAUACUACGUCAACUACUGCUCCUACAACAACUACUGCUGAUACUACGUCAACUCCUGCUCCUACAACAACUACUGCUCCUACAACAACUACUGCUCCUACAACAACUACUGCUGAUACUACGUCAACUCCUGCUCCUACAACAACUACUGCUCCUACAACAACUACUGCUGAUACUACGUCAACUCCUGCUCCUACAACACCUACUGCUCCUACAACAACUACUGCUCCUACAACAACUACUGCUCCUACAACAACUACUGCUGAUACUACG